AUCAAAACCGAUGCCGUUCUGCCCGCGUAUUGCAAUCCUCCAAAUCCCUGUCCAAUUGGAUAUACCUCCGAAGACGGAUGUAUUGAAGAGUUUGAAAACACCGCGGCUUUCAGUCGAGACUAUCAGGCAUCACAAGAAUGUAUGUGCGAUACGGAACACAUGUUUGACUGUCCCGGCAAUACAGAUGAGAAUGAAUUGGAAACAUUGGCCCGAAGUAUACAGAAUGAGGGUAUUAUGGACUCGACAUUAGAUAAAUUGGUUGAUAACAUUAGAGAAGACACGUCUGAGCACAAAGUGGUGGCCAAAAAAUUUUUCACCAAAAAAAAUCAUAACCAGUAUUUAAAACACCACUUAAAACAGGUCGUCAAAAAGGCCAGAGAGGUUGGCGUUAACGCUCAUAAACUUACAAAUAAUCCGUUCCUAACGGGAGAUAAACUUCCAGUUGUGGCUAAAAAGACACCCCAUUUGGCGAAAGGCAUUUAAGUGAAUGUUUUUGCAAAACAUUUAAAUGCUUUUUAAUAUAU